CGUCAGCGCGGACAGCGCAGCUCUCGCUUCUCCUCAGGCUGGAGUCGGUGUUCGGGUAACGGUUGGACUGUCCUUGUUUCCCUCGGCCGAGUUCUGAAGUAACCGGUUAGUGUGUGAGCAGAGACUAUUGAAAGAUGCCAAUGGAUCAAAUUGAAUCUGGUCUAGAAGUUCGAAAGUUCAGGGGAAGAGGAAACCGGAGUAGAGGUAAUUACAUGUCAAGAGGUGACCGUGGUAUGAAGGGCCAAAUGCCUCUUGGGCGAGAAAAGUUCAGAGACCAUCCCAUGAAUGGGAUUAUACCUCUCAGACGUGGCAUGGGACGAAUGCAUCCAUAUCAGGAUCCUCGUGGGCGCGGAGGAAUCAGAGGACGACAUCCAGGAUUUCUGCCGCCUCCAUUGCCGCCGCCGCCACCACCUCACCUUGAAAGAGAAAUGAGAGAACCCUUUCCACCACCACCAACUCUAAGACGUGGACACCCUCCACCUCCAGGGCUCAUGGGUUUUAGAGGCAUGCCACCUCCUCAUCGUGGCAGAGGUAUACUGCCGCCACCACCACAGAGAGGCCACUUUCCUCAUCCACGAGGCUUUCCCAAUGGACGUGGUACUGCAGCACAUCCUCCGCCACCUGGCCGCGGCCAGAGAUGGCCCGCACCACCAGGUGGCAGACGCUUUUAAAGAGACACACUCUUUACAUUGCAUAGCAGAUUUAGAUGACCGGAGAGACCUUGCCUAAAUGGUUUUGGUUUUGUUUUUUAUUUUUAAUCUGUGUAUUUUUUAUUUUUUAAUUCCAGAUAUUUUUAGUAUUAUAUCCUUCUUUUUUUUUUUUUUUUUUAUAUGCUAAUUUUUCAGAAGCCCUCACGCAUUAAGUGGCAAAAAAGAAAAAUGACAUACACGUUAAUAAAUAAAUAAAAUAUGUGCUUCUAUGGACACUCGUAAAACGGUUAUCACAUAAUAUGUAUGGACAUUGACUGUUGCACAAUGGGACACUACUCCUACAAGAAUGUCAAGCAGUAACUUAAUUAAGCGUAGUAUUUAUGGACUUGUGUGCAGCAUUUCAGACUGCUCUGUGUUUUAUUUUAAUUACAAGCACUCCAAAUAAAUACAGUAGUCUUAUUUUACAACCACAAAAAUUACAAAAAAUUAUUGGAAAGCUAAACUUUUUAUGGGAAAGCAAAUCUGUUGACUCCCAUUUUCUCCUUAUUUUUGGUAAAUGUAAGAGAAAACCCUAGUACAUUCACAGCUUGACCGUAUUUGUUUUGAAUGUUAGGAUGUGUAGGUAGUGUGUUUCUUUGGAACACUAACUAUAACUUGCUUGUCUUGCUUGCAUUGCCUACACUAUUUAUUUUUCAGAAUUAUUCAGUAUUCAUUUUAUGGUCAAAGUAUGACGUGAACACUAGAAUUUGUAUAAUUGUAAAACCUAUUACACGCUGUAUAUUGCAUAGAUUUUGAUUUGACGUUUUCUAAUGUGAGCAGAAGCUGUCCUUUUUCAGACAAUUUUCAACUGUGAAAUCGUAUUUAAAUGUUACCUAAAUAUUGUGGCAUUCAUUCUCAGUAGUGUAGUAAAAAUCAAAGAUCUUAGUAUUGCCAGAAUAUUUUCCUUCAUUUUACUCUUGUGCUGAGGGCUGAAAACACAAGACCUAAUUGUUGCAGCAGAUGCUUUAUAUCAGUGUUAACCAUCCCCUCCCCAAUAGCAUCUCAGGACUACAAAUUGGCUCAGUAUAAUAAGGUAUGGGAAAAUAAAAUGGCUGACACCCAGUUUGAUAUCUGUUGUAUUUGACCAUAUAUUUAUUAAACAAAAACAGCAAAGACAUUUUAAACACAACCUGUCACUUUUAUUUCCAUAAUUCUAUGAGGAGAAAUAUCCAUGUUUAUUAUAUAACAUCAUAAACGAAGGCC